ACACUGGACAAAAGGAGAGUGCAGAGAGCAGGUUUGUCUGUCCGCUCGGCCCCGAGAUGCAACAGCAAUUUUAUCAAAAAUAACUUCCUCAGAAGGGGUUUCAUAAGAUAAUAUCUACAUGACGACACAAAUCCGGCGUUGGGCGGGAGCAUGAACCGGGAUGAAUUUUUCAAUAUUCCUAUCAGAAUAAAUCUGCUUAGUCAGAACUAAUGAAUUUACAGCUGUUUACUGGAAACCACUUUUUCACUAUGGACUCAAUCUGAGCUGAGCAGGCUGAGACGACAGGACGCUGGCGGAGAGCACACAGUGUCCUGAGCGCUGGUAUCUGCAGAUCAACACACAGCAGAAUGAAAGCAGCCGCAGAGGACGGAGACAAGAUGGACAGCCGCCAGGCUCUGUGUGUCCCCAACCAGACGCCUCACAAACAUCCCAGCAUCUCCACUCUCAAAUUGUUUAUUGUGGCGCUGUCCUUCGCCUCUUUCUCCAAGGCCCUGGCAGGAACCUACAUGAAGAGCUCCAUUACUCAGAUCGAGAGACGCUUUGACCUCUCCAGCACACACGUUGGACUCAUAGAUGGCAGUUUUGAGAUGGGCAACUUGUUAUUCCUUGCCGUGGUCAGCCAUUUUGGUGCAAAGCUGCAUCGUCCAAGACUCAUCGCCGCGGGCUGUUUCCUCAUGGCUGUGGGCUCCUUACUCACCGGCCUGACUCACUUCUUCAUGGGACGAUAUAAGUACAACACAGUCAUCCAGGUUUUCCAGAAUGACAGCGUGAACACCGCUGCCUGUGUCGAUCCUCUGAAAACAAUAGAGGAAGCACCUGACGUUCAGAUGGAUCCAUCUUUAGAAGACAACAAAGUCUGUAUGAGAGAGGCUGGUACCAACAUGUGGAUCUAUGUGUUCCUGGGAAACGCCCUGCGAGGAAUCGGAGAAACCCCAGUCACUCCUUUAGGCAUCUCCUACAUCGAUGACUUUGCUAAACCUGAAAACUCACCGUUCUACAUUGCUUGUCUCCAGACCAUUUCUUUCUUGGGCCCCAUGUUUGGUUUCCUCCUCGGCUCCUACUGUGCCAAACUCUAUGUCGACAUUGGAUAUGUUGAUAUGGAAAGUGUGACCAUCACCCCUAAAGAUGCUCGCUGGGUCGGUGCCUGGUGGAUGGGCUUCAUGGUGUCCUCUGCUCUCCAGCUAAUGUCCAGCAUCCCAUUUUUAUUCCUGCCCCGCUCACUGCCGGCACAGGAGGAGGACAAGAACAAGCUGACGACAGCACCCAAAAUCCAGGAUGGGAGGAACAGUGGCCUCAACAACAACAACAACAUCAGCCACAACCCUAAGUUGACAGACAUUGCAAAAGGGUUUCUUCCAUCACUGAAGCGCCUUUUGGGAACUCCUGUUUAUUUCCUGCUCCUAUGUGGCAGCAUCCUGAAAUUCAACUCCUUAAUUGGCCUUUUCACCUUCAAAGCCAAAUACAUGGAGCAACAGUUUGGACAGUCUGCGUCCAGAGCUAACUUCCUCAUAGGUGUCUUGAACCUGCCAGUGGUGGCAGUGGGGAUCUUCCUCGGAGGGCUGCUGAUGAAACGCUAUAAACUGAGUGUGGUGUCUGGAGCUCAGCUCUCCUUUGCCACUUCCUUCACGGCGUACCUCCUCCUGCUGCUGCAGUUUGGCACCAAGUGUGACAACAUUCCUGUGGCGGGGCUCACCAUCUCAUACAAUGGGACGCAGAGUGUGUCGCACGACAGGGAAAUGCUCUUCUCGGAGUGUAACACAGACUGCUCGUGUUCAGCAGAGGAGUGGGACCCUGUGUGCUCAGACAGUGGCAUCACAUACAUCUCUCCAUGUUUGGCUGGCUGCCUCAGCUCCAGUGGAUAUGGCAAAAACACAGUCUUUCACAACUGCAGCUGCGUGUCUGCCUCCUACCCAGCAGGAAGCAGUUCAUCAGUAAAGCUGGGACAGUGUCCUCACGCCAAAGACUGCGGCCGCAGUUUCACCUCCUACAUGGCCGUGUCUGUCCUCAGCUCCUUCAUCAACUCUCUUGGAAUCACACCUGGCUACAUGGUCAUCAUACGAUGCAUCGCGCCAGAGCUCAAAUCCCUUGCGCUAGGUAUUCAGACCCUGGUAACUAGGACUCUAGGUGGGAUUCCUGCACCAGUGUAUUUCGGGGCUCUGAUUGAUUCAACUUGCCUGAAGUGGUCAUUCAAGAAGUGUGGAGGCAGAGGCGCAUGUCGCAUUUAUGACUCAGAUAUGUACAGAAUAAUCUUCCUGGGUCUGAUCACUUGCCUCAGUGGUUCGUCGUAUUUAUUCAUCAUUGCCGUCAUCCUCCUCCUCAAAAGACAGUUUCGUAAGCUAGAGCAGGGAACGGCGACGCGGCAAUCAAAAGCGUCAAAGGAAAUUGAACUUGAGACCCCAUCAAACCCCACUGAGGACCAACCCGGUGCUCCUAAAACUCCCAGACUGCCUCACACACCAAGAGUGUGGGUAACAAUGGCAACUAAAGUGGAGGAGGAGGCAACACACACAAAUAGCACACAGGAGGAGCAGCACUCUGAAUGCCUGACCACUGUUGUGCUCUCCCCUCCUCCUGCUGAUGGAGCAGCGUUGGAGUUGCAUGGACCAAACCAAGAGGAGGAGGAGGAAGAGAAGAAAGAUGAGACAAAUGUUGAAAAGGAGAACGGAGAAGAGACGGAGUUAGUCAAAGAAACACCACACAGCAAAAAGACUUAUGAUGCAGAAAACUAACAUGUCAAAAAAGGACCAUCCAUGGUUUCAGAGGCACUGAUUUUUUUGCUUUGGACUAUGACAAACUCUAUUCUUAGAACAAUAAUGACACACACCUGGAGUCAAAGUAGAAAGUGUUUUCCACACUUACUACUAAACAAUUCAAAUGGCCGUCUCCUCCGUGUGUAACUGCAUUGUGUAUCAUCUGCAUGAGAUGCUCAGACUAAAUGAGAGCUAUAAUGUAAAUGUUUUAAUGCUAUGGACACAAACAUGUUUAUAUUCUCCC